UUGAAUCUUACAGAAAACCAUGGUGCACGUUGAGGACAAUGGUGAACCCGGUUGCAAAACUGUCUUGGAAGUAAAUCAGCGAUAUCGUAAUUUCGAAGAUCCCACUUCAUAUUGGCAAUGCGGUCUACAGGGUCAACCGGCAAAAAUGGUGCGCUGUGAUGCGAAUAAACUCUACUCGGAGGAGGAACAAAAAUGCAUUGACUGGAAGAAAUGGCAUUGGUCGGAUCCAAAAGAGCCACCAAGUCGACCAAGUAAAGCAAACAAGUGAAGAACGUGUAAAAUCUUGAUGAGUGGACUGUAAAAAAUGAGCAUACAUCAAAUUGAGCGUGUGGAUAUAAUAAAUAAUGAUAGUAAUAUAGUUUACAGUAUCAUCGUUAAGAAUUAUAAAUACAGAUUCUAAUGAUUUAAGGUAGACAAACUUAAUAUAUUUACAAAUAAAUUAAAAGUGUUCAGAGUUAAA